AUGGAACCGGUCGCAUACCUCUGCCUCGCCUUCCUGCUGCCUGCGGUGGCCGGGCAGGGCAGAUGCCCCGAGGCGGAUGAGAUCAGGCCCUGCACCUGCGCCGGCCACGAUCCGGAUGGAGGCUUCCACGAGUCGGACUUGGAUUGUUCGAGGGCCAGGACGAGCGAGGAGAUCUCCUCGGCUUUCAGGACGGGGUCUUGGCCGACCACUCGCUUCUGGGAAUUCAGGCUGGAGGACAACGAAGACGUGAAAAAGCUCCCUAAGGGAGUCCUUGGGCUCGUCUCAUUCCAAGCCAUCAGAAUCGACAACACCAACGUAGAAACCGUCCAUCCGUCGGCCAUCCUGCAGUCGAACGACCGACUCUUGGUGCUGGAAAUCCAGAACAGCCGACUGAAGGCGUUUCCAUCCCACAUCCUCCCCCAACUGCCCAACCUCCUGACGCUCAACCUCCGGAACAACUCCCUGACCGUCCUCCCGGCUGUCGAGAGCUUCAACCUCCGAGUGCUCCAUCUCCCGUUCAAUAACAUCACGAGAGUCGAAGAGGAUGGAUGGGCCACUCCCAACUUGAGGGUGUUGGACGUCGGGAGUAACCUUAAGGGGAAACCUCACGACUUCUUAUACCUCUACGACCUCGCGAAAACCACAGCUUCCAGCAAUCUGGGACCAACACUUUCGACUGGAUUGCUCCAAUUCAAUAGCCUGACUUUAAAGACGGUGGGGCUCAGCGAGAACAAAAUCGCAAUAAUAGAGCCGGACGCCAUCACAGGUCUCACCCCGGACACGGAAGUUUUUCUAAAUGGGAACAAUAUAUCUAAAUUGCCAGAAGAGGUAUUUCGCCCUAUGCUGGAGCUCCUUUCACAAGGGACGGGCGCACUGCAUUUGCAAGAAAAUCCCAUCGAGUGUGAUUGUACUUUGGAUUGGCUUGUUUCGGACUCGACGAUCCUUAAGAGUGUUCGUGGAACCUGUGUUGAUGGAACAGAUUUUGGAAGCCUGACUUUGAAUUGUCGCACCUGUCCUCAUGAGUGCGUCAGCCGCGAAGAAGCGUCUUCCUGCGAGCCAGGAACAGUGAUCACUACGAACGUGGACAACUGUCAGUCUAGUGAACUCUGCUGCCAGCGGACGGCUCCAGAAGCAAGUACCACGUCCUCUCCAGCGCCCGCGGUGGUAGUUGAGUGCAAGACGGACUACCCAAGAAUUGAAAACGCAGAGGAAUCUUUCGAGGGUUGGACAGGGGAGAGUCCAGCACCCGACGGCGGGCAGGUGCUCUUCACGUGCAAGCAAGGUUUCACCGAUGGAUCCGCCACGCACAUGGCCACCUGUUCCUCCAGCACGAAGGAUGCCUGGAGCGCGACAUUCAAGGAAGACGAGCGGACCACCCUUUGUCCACCUUCAUCGUUAUCGCCAGAAACACCAAAGCUAAUCGGAGGACUGGCAUGGAGGAUCAAGCUGCUGGGGCUGAAUUCGCCCAGUGGAGUGGCAUCGACUACUUAUUCAGAUUGCCGGUUGACAGAAAAGGGAAGGGAAUACAUAGGAACAAAGGACAAGACAGAAACCGGGAAGGAGUGCCUGAGAUGGGACAGUAUGCCUCAUGGAAUACCAAAGGAUUUUUCUUCCAUAGAGGACUACGAAGGACACUUCCCAAACCGGGAUUCCUGGUCGCAGGAAAACUUCUGCCGGAACCCGUCCGGUAAGGAGAGGCCCUGGUGCUUCGUCUCCGACCCUGAGAUUAUGUGGGAAUACUGCGACAUCCCCAUGUGCGACGACAAGGAUCCUCCGGAGUGCAAGGUGACCCAGCAGGGCGGCGAGUACAUCGGGCGGAAGAACGUCACCCUCUCCGGCCUCCCGUGCCGGCCCUGGGCCAGCUCUGCCCUGCACCCUGAAGCAUUCGCGGAUGCAGAUGCCAUCGACGGGCAGCACAACUUCUGCCGAAAUCCAGACGGGAAAGUCGCUCCUUGGUGUUACUAUGCCGUGACGAUUCAUGGUGACGGUGAUGGUGACGAUUCUGGCUGGGAAUUUUGCGACGUCCAUUUCUGCGACAUCCAGCCGUCGGAUCAAUACCUGCAACCGCAUGAGGGAGAAACAGAGCAACACGUGUAUCCAGAAUGCCGGCUGUCAGAGAGGGGGAAGGAAUAUGUGGGAAAGGCGAGCAAGACGGAAACUGGAACGCCUUGCCUCCGAUGGGACUCCCAGCCGUACGGCAUGCCCUGGGAUUUCUUCAACCAGACUAUUCCCUACGAGAAGCAUUUCCUCGGAGCAAGUGCAACGCCCCACGAGAAUUACUGCCGGAACCCGGGGCUCCACAGGCGACGGCCUUGGUGCUUCGUCUCGGAUCCUCACGUCAAGUGGGAGUACUGCGACAUCCCCUUGUGCGACGACAAAACGCCACCGGAAUGCAAGCAGACAGAACUGGGCGGAGAGUACGCUGGAAGACUAAACGUGACGCUGUCGGGAACCCCGUGUCAACGCUGGCUGACCCUCGACCCCAAAAAUCGCGGUGUGUGGGACUUCCUGUCGCAGUUCCCGGACGGACUCGACGGGUCUCACAACUUCUGUCGCAACGCGGACCGCGGCUUCGGCCCCUGGUGCUACACCGCCUCAGCGCUCCAAUGGGAGUACUGCGACGUCCCCUUCUGCCCCAGCGCCGAGGGCGAGCGUUGCAGAGUCCGCGUCUCCGGAAAAUGCGUCGAUCCACAGGAAUGCAAAAGGACAAAAAACGGGAUUGAAUACAUCGGAACUCUGAACACGACAGCCUCCGGUUAUCCGUGUCAGGCGUGGAUGAGCCGACGGCCGAACUGGCACGAGAUGGGCUAUCGCACGAUAGCUCAAUUCCCGGACGAGCUUUACCCCUCCCACAACUUCUGCCGGAACCCGGACUCGACGGACGACGGUCCCUGGUGUUACAUCGGGAGCGGACGGAAUCCCAGGUGGGAAUACUGCGAGGUUCCGAUGUGCUGAAAGUCGCCGGAAGCCGCUUCGACGACCGAGUUCCGCUGCUCUAUUUGUGUUCAGCUUCGCCCACUGCCACG